CCUCUUUCCCAUUGACUUUGAUUGCCACAAAAUUAUCUACGCGUCUCGACCAUGUCAGAAACUUCGUCAGAGCCCACUUCCCCCGCACUCACAGCCUCUACUCCUCCAUCAUCCGCUCCUUCACCCCAGCUCCAGGCCCUAAGCAUCGAAGUCUCAGAUGAAGACAAAGCCGCCGCCGCCGCUUUGAAGACCCAAGCAAACAAGGCUUUCACAUCGCACGAUUUCCCCAACGCUGCGAAACUCUAUUCCGAGGCGAUCGAGAAGAAUCCCAGCGACGCGACAAUAUGGUGUAAUCGGGCCUAUAGUCGGAUGAAGCUAGAAGAAUUUGGAUACGCCCUGACCGAUGCUAGCCAGGCCAUCCAGCUCGACCCGAAAUAUGCCAAGGCAUACUUCCGUCGCGCGACAUGUUAUCUGCAAAUCUUGAAACCCCAGAUGGCUGUCGCGGACUUCCGGAAAGUGCUAGCUCUGGAGCCCAAGAAUGACACGGUCCGCUCGCAAAUGGUCGCUACGCAGAAGCUCGUGAGGAGGAUUGAAUUCGAGAAGGCUAUCGAGGUCGAAGGCGAGAAGGAUGCGCUUUUGAGAUGCCAGGAGAUAAUUGCGGAAGGCGGUUGCGAAGUGGACAAAUCUUAUACCGGGCCCAAACUGACGUUGACGGAGGGGAAAUACGGUAUCACACAUGGAUUCAUCAAGGAGAUGAUCCAAUGGUUCAAGGACGGCAAAGCGUUGCCCAAGCGAUAUGUUUGGGAAAUCGUGUUCGGUGCACACGACCAUUUCGCCAAGGAGGACAGUUUGGUCAGUGUCGACCUUGCGGAUGGGGUGACUUGCGAUGUUAUCGGGGAUGUACACGGCCAAUUCUACGACAUGCUUCAUUUGUUCUCGUUGACUGGCGAACCUAGUGCUACACACUAUCUACUGAUGAACGGAGAUCUAGUUGACCGAGGUUCUUGGUCUAUUGAGGUCAUCCUAACUGCAUUUGCCUUCAAAUGGUUGUAUCCGAAAUACUUCUACAUCAAUCGCGGAAACCACGAGGCUAAAGAUAUGAACCGCUCAUACGGAUUCGAGGGGGAAGCGAAACACAAACAUGGGGAGCAAAGCUACAAGCUAUUCGCCCACGUUUUCACGACCCUGCCGCUGUCUACAUUGAUCUCUGCAACCAAACCCCCACCAAACAAAACUGGCAACCCCAUCCUUUCUCCCCAGGGCUUCAAGCGAUAUUUCGUCGUGCACGGUGGCCUGUUCAGUAAAGAUGAUGUGACAUUAGAGGAUAUCCGGAAGGUAGACCGCGUGGGACGUCAGCCAGGCCAGGAGGUCUCAUGUGCGAGUUACUCUGGACGGAUCCGCAGAUGCUACCCGGACGAGGGUGUCGGUAUUGCUUUUGGGCCUGAUGUCACUCGACGAUGGUGCACGCUGAAUGGUGUGACUGGUAUCAUACGCAGCCACGAAGUUCGACAAGAUGGAUAUGAGGUAGAGCAUGAUGGCUUGUGCACUACGCACAGGUGUUCUCUGCCCCCAAUUAUGUUGAUCAAGGCGGUAACAAAGGCGCUUUUAUCCGGAUUGACUCGGCGGGAAUCAGAAAUACACGCAAUUCAAUGCCUCGCCGCAUCCUCCAAUGAAGCCGAUGGCGUAUGUGCAAGGUGGAUUAGGCAGUCUUAUGAUGUGAUGUUUAUACAUUUAUGGCCAUAAAUACGUCCUUCGCCCUAUAACUCAAAUCCAGCCGGUCCGCGGUCUUUUCCUGACGUGGCGAACACCGCGGCAAGCGCACUGACGCCUCUCUUCCACAUGUCCAGCAGCAUCUCGACACAUUCGACCGUGCUUCGCUUGCAGACCCGCAACCAUCGCGUCAGCGGUAAUUCUGGUGCGGUGCCGUCUGCGAAUGGUGAAGGGGAGCGUUG